GAGAUCAGCAACAUGCAGGACCCAAAUAGAGACACAGAAUGGAACGAUGUACUUCGGUCAAAGGGAAUUAUUCCUCAGAAAGAGAAGGAAAUAACCGAAGAAGAUCUGGUCAAGAUGGUGGAAAAUACUAUUGAACAAAAAGCCAAGAGUGUCUUACAUUGUUAUGUUUCAGGCAAAGGUAUGGGAGAGAUGACAUUAGAUGAGUUGAAUGAGAAUGAAGAUGAUAUAGAUGAGGAUGAUGAACGUAUGUUCGAGGAAUACAGGCGGCAGCGUUUGUUGGAGAUGAAGGUGAACCAGUUAAAGGCGCGGUAUGGUGAUGUCGUGGAGAUCAGCAAAGCGGAUUAUGUACAAGAAGUGAACAAAGCAGGAGAGGGUGUCUGGGUAGUCAUCCACGUCUACAAAGACUCAAUACCUUUGUGUAAGUUAAUCAACCAGCACUUCACAAAUUUAGCAAGGAAAUUCCCGCAGACCAAAUUCCUGAAAAGCGUGUCAUCCGUCUGCAUUCCUAACUACCCAGACAAGAAUCUGCCUACCAUUUUCGUUUACUUCGAGGGUGAUCUCAAGAAACAAUGGGUAGGACCUCAGGAAUUUGGUGGAAUGAAUUUAACACAAGAUCAGCUGGAGUGGAUGCUGGCAAAGGCAGGCGCCAUGACAACAGAGCUUGAAGAGCCACCGAAAAGGGAGAUAAAUGAUGUGAUGAAUAGUGCAAUCCGGGGCAGUAGGAUAGACAAUGACAGUGAUGAUGACUACUGACCAAUCACCAACCAGAUCUGAAAGACUCACAGUAACCAUGGCAACAGAAAUUGUGACACUACAUCAGCAGCAUCAAGACUACAAUGGAUGUUGUCCAGGAUGUGUUCACAGUAACCAUGGCAAGAGAAAUUCUGACGAUAAAUCAGCACAUUAGCAGCAUCAAGACUACCCGACAGAGCAAUGGAUGUCGUCCAGGAUGUGUUCCCCCAGUCUGAAGCCUGCAUUGAAAACUAAACAUGCACAAAUUCCCUAAUGAGUAGAUUAGGUCAGCCUAAUUAUGUACAGACACAUGUGGUUUGUCAUAUGGUUUGGUCAGCUUCGCAUGACUGAUCAGAGCUGUUUGGUCAGCUUCGCAUGACUGAUCAGAGCUGUUUGGUCAGCUUCGCAUGACUGAUCAGAGCUGUUUGGUCAGCUUCGCAUGACUGAUCAGAGCUGUUUGGUCAGCUUCGCAUGACUGAUCAGAGCUGUGUCACUAUUGGGGGCAGUGGGAAGUAGAUGGCAGGAAUGUAGCCUACACAGUGUUUGUACAUGUAUAUCCAUUGUACAGUUAGGUUCAUCAAGAUCACUCUGUCACUGCUGUGAACUAGUGCUAGUGCUAUAAAAAAAAAUGCUGGGUUGCCAUGGCUAGUUUGGUUAUAGUCACAAAUAAAAACAUCUACAGAAGGUUCUGUGCCAUUAGUGUAUGUUGGUUGCCAUGGUUUCUGACUACUCACUGGAUUACAUGUCGGCAAGAAUGUGCGAGAUGAAUCCGUGUAAUUUCACAUCAAAUUUGAGUUGAAAUGUUAAAGUGUUUUCAUGUGUACUGAGUGAUGUUCACAAGGAAGGGUUAUGUAGUGGUGAUGAGGGAACUGAUUUGGGGGUGGGGGUGGAGAGACACGUACAUUUCUGCAUUGAAUCUGUAAGUCAUUUGAAUGCCUGUUAUGUUCACAGAACAUGUUGAACAGGGAAUCAAAUUGAAAUUUGCUUGCAUACUAGUGGCAGAAAAUUUGAGCACGUGCUGUAUUUUGUACGUCAGAUAUUUUGAUACCAUAUCCUGUACUUGUACAUGUUUUACACUUCUUUGCCCAUGAUCAUUGUGCAUAAGCCAUGGACACAUGUACAUUGUGCAUAAUCCAUGG